CCCUUCAGAGGCCCUUCAUAUGUGUGUGUGUGUGUAGGUGUGUGAAGAGGUUGGACAGUGGACUCUGCUCUCUCUCCAGCUGUCAGAGGAACUAUGGAUCAGAACAUGAUGAUCCCGGUGGUGGUGGCUGUUGCUGUGGUGGUCGUGUCCGUGCUGUUCUUCCUGCAGAAGAAGAAGCUUCCAGUCACUCUGCAGGACUCUUCGGUCAAAUAUCCUCUCCCCCUCAUAGAGAAACAGGAAAUCAGCCAUGACACAAAGAAGUUUCGGUUUGGUCUUCCAUCUGCGGGUCACAUCCUUGGACUGCCAAUAGGUCAGCAUGUGUACCUGUCCGCCAAGGUGAACGGCAGUCUGGUGGUCAGAGCUUACACUCCAGUGUCCAGUGAUGAGGACCAGGGAUAUGUGGACCUGGUGGUCAAGGUGUACUACAAGAACAUCCACCCCUCGUUCCCAGAUGGAGGGAAGAUGUCUCAGUACCUGGAUAACAUGGCUAUAGGAGAUGCCAUUGACUUCAGAGGACCCAACGGACUGCUGGUGUAUAAGGGGAAUGGUCAGUUUUCCAUCCGACCGGACAAGAAGUCGGAGCCCAAAGUUCGGAGAUUUAAGCACGUUGGAAUGAUCGCCGGUGGAACAGGUAUCACUCCGAUGCUGCAGUUAAUCCGCAGCAUCACCGCAGACCCGACUGACAACACCAAGUGCUCCCUCAUAUUCGCCAACCAGACUGAGAAAGAUAUCCUGCUGAGGGAGGAGCUGGAGGAGGUGAAGAGGAACCACCCUGACAAAGUUAAAGUUUGGUUCACGCUGGACAAACCUCCGCAGGAUUGGAGCUACAGUUCAGGGUUCGUGACUCAAGACAUGAUCAAGGACCACCUCCCCGCUCCGUCCACCGACGUCCUCGUUGUCCUGUGCGGCCCUCCGCCGAUGAUCCAGUACGCCUGCCUGCCGAAUCUGGACAAGCUGGGACACAAAACAGAAAACAUUUUUGCAUACUAGUGUUCUGAUAAUGACAAAACUGUAAUAAUUCAAUCACUAAACCACCAAUCACCACUGACGAUCUUCUCCAUCGACAAACACAGUACCCGGUAACAGGCUAUGAAAAACUCUGUGUGUACUUUAACGUGCAGUAUGUCAUCCAACAUUUCAUACAAGUCAACAGUGAAUCUUGUUUUUUCAGACCAAAAGGGAUUUUUUUUGUGAAAAUAAAGAAGUAAAAACAG